UGUUAUGCGUAGUCAGGUUUGUUCUAAGUUGUUGAGAAAUUGUCACAGUGUUGUUUUAUCUUUCCCUAGUGCUCUACUUCAGAAAAUCCUGGACGUUGUUCGUCUCAUUCGCCUAAAUAUAGUGUGCCGCUGGAGAAAGUGGCCUAGUGAUGAAUUUAGUAGAGUUCGCUGCUUUUCGCGGUUUCUGGAGCUUGGGUCGCCAUGUUUGUUGUUGGUGGUUCGUCAGGCAUAUGUGCAUGUAAUCGGCGAUUACUUGUGAAGUGUAUGAUAGUAAAAGUAGUGUGAAUUUCAACAUUUUGUGAAUAACAUUAUCAAGGUUGAGUUGACCCUGGGGCCAUAGUGGGGCUGGAAGGAUUAGGUAAAUUGAAAAAGGUCCACCUGAUUGGGAACUCACGACCUUUCGGCUUGUAGCGUAAUGCCUCAACAAACCACGUUACCAUGUGACCCUCUUGUUUCCAGUACAACUAUAAAUGCAUAUAUAGAUGCCUCAGAUAAUACAAUAUUAUACCUAAGUACAGGUAUUCGACGUUCUGUGGCUCCAAUGUUGAUGCUGAAUAGUGUGCAUAUCGGAGACAGGGUCCUGGGAAUCCCAGCAUGAUCCUGAUCAGUGGUGUAGUGUGAAGAGUGUGAUGUUUCAAGCUGGAGAGUGUUAGUGACUUGCCAUUGAGGAGACAGAGUAAUUGAAUGUUAGCCACUGAUGGAAUCAUCAACAUUUAACCGGUAGUGCUCAUCCAUCAUGUGGCUACGUAGUGAGCAGCGUGAGAGACGUUGUCGGCGCCUGGGCAGCCGAGUGGUAGCCGUUGCAUCACGUGGUGGCAUAAAGAAACAGAUAGCAACCCUGGCCUCACCUCGUCUUGCCUCUCAAGGGACUGGGAGACUCUCACGUUGUGGUCGUGUCUCACGGUGGAGACGACGCUCUGGAAACCUGCUCAAAGAGACAUGUAGAGAAAAUGUCCUUCACUUCAAUGGAGGAACAGCUGGCUGUCGCAUUAAGAAACCAACACGGCGUCCACGGAAAGGCAGCUUGGAUGAUAUAGAGCCAAUGAUCACAUCAACGCCGCUUCAUCAUGUCAAGAAUACUGUGAGCAGCAUUGUCAAGGAUACUCUGGCCGCAGUAAGCUGUGCUGUGGUGACAAAACUGAGUGAAGAGACAAAGGAGAAUUGGCAGACAGCAGUGUUGCCAGAUGUGGCAGAUGUGUCUCUGUUCAGCUCGGUCUACACUUGUUCACCUCCAGUUACUGAUCACCUUGGUCUUGCUCUUCAUGAUGACCUGAGCUCUGUGUCCUCACCUGACCUCACAUGCCUCCUGGAGGAAGAGGCUAAGAGGGCCACAGAUCUGUUGUCACUACCUUGCAACUAUCCGGAUGUUUGUGAAGGUACCACUGUUCUGGCCUCACAUGGCUGUGAUGCUUACUAUGAAGAGCACCAGCAGGAGCAGUCAUCGGCUGCUGCAGCUCUAGGCUCCACCCCUCUCACCAGCAGCCAUUCAAAACCACAAACAGGAGAGCCAGAUGUGGAGAUGGCAGUAGCAGAAGAAAUUGUAGAAGAGAGUGGUGUGGAGGCUGAUGAUGACUGGGAGCCAUUUGACCCUUACUUAUUCAUCAAGAAUCUACCACCACUUACACUAGAGAUGAGGGCUAGAUGCCCUGCUCUUCCUCUGAAAACCAGGAGUAGCCCAGAAUUUUCCCUGGUUUUAGAUUUGGAUGAGACACUGGUCCACUGCAGCCUACAAGAAUUGGAAGAUGCAUCAUUCAGCUUCCCAGUCCUAUUCCAGGAAUGUAGCUACACUGUAUUUGUGAGGACUCGGCCGUACUUCCGUGAAUUCCUGGAGAAGGUGUCUUGCAUGUUCGAGGUGAUUCUCUUCACUGCAUCUAAACGAGUAUAUGCAGAUAAGCUUCUGAACCUGCUGGAUCCUACUAGAAGAUGGAUAAAGUAUCGCCUGUUUCGGGAGCAUUGUGUGUGUGUUAAUGGGAACUACAUCAAGGAUCUCUCCAUUCUUGGCCGAGACCUGUCACGGACUAUUAUAAUUGACAAUUCUCCGCAAGCAUUUGGAUAUCAGUUGGAAAACGGGAUCCCAAUUGAGAGUUGGUUUGUUGACCAGAAUGACAAUGAGCUUAUGAAGCUAUUGCCUUUCCUGGAGGACCUUGUUCAGAUGGUAAGUAAAGAGACUGCAUUGAGAUGA